AUGAGCAUUUGGGGGAGGAGAAAAAGCAUGAAGCAGGAUUGUAACCUAAUCAUCAUCAUGUCAGAAGACGAAAUUGCGAUAGAAGCAAUAAAGCAUGCUUUGAAGGCUCUUCGGAAGCGGCAUCUGCUGGAGGAGGGAGCUCACGGACCUGCUAUUAUAGCUCUUUCUAAACCUAUUGCUUCUCAGGGUUCAGAAUGGAAGGAUAAAGCAGAAACUCUUGAAUUGGAACUUCAGCAAUGUUACAAAGCUCAAUCUCGAUUAUCUGAGCAGCUUGUGGUGGAAGUGGCCGAAUCUAGGGCUGCAAAAUCUUUAGUCCAGGAGAAAGAAGCCUUAAUUCCUAAUCUUGAAAAUGACCUUUCUCAAGCAAGGGAUGAAUGUUCUCGCUUGGCUGCACUUCUAGAGGAAAAGACUAAAGGCCUAGAAUUGCUUAUGGGUGAGAAUAAGGAACUGAAAUCUCAAUAUGAAGAGAUGAGAGCUAGAGCUAUCAAUGCAGAGACUGAAAACAAGACAUUGAUUGAUCGGUGGAUGUUGCAGAAAAUGCAGGAUGCUGAACGCCUUAACGAGGCGAAUGCUUUAUAUGAAGACAUGCUAGGUAAGCUCAAAGCCAGUGGACUCGAACAACUAGCAAGACAACAAAUAGAUGGCGUAGUCCGCCAAAGUGAAGAAGGAGCCGAAUACUACGUGGAGUCCACCAUACCAAACACCUGCAACCACCGGAUCCCCGCCCACGAAGGCGGUUGUGCUUCAAUCCUCUUCGAAAACACUUCCGGGAAAUUACUCACCGGAGGACAAGACCAAACUGUUAAAAUGUGGGACACAACAACCGGUCAACUCACUAAAACCUACCACGGUUGCAUAGGAUCCAUCCUUGAUCUCACCCUUACAAAUGACAACACGUGUCUAAUAGCAGCAAGCAGCUCCAACAACUUAUACGCAUGGGACACAAAUACGGGUCGUGUUCGCCACACCCUCACAGGUCAUAAAGAUAAAGUAUGCGCUGUUGAUGUCAGCAGAUUCUCUAAUCGCCAUGUCGCCAGCUCAGCGUAUGACCGGACAAUCAAGAUAUGGGAUCUUAACAAAGGGUAUUGUGUCAACACGAUUAUCUUCCCGAGUAAUUGUAAUACUUUGUCUUUCACGCCAGAUGGACAGACGAUUUGUUCGGGACACAUGGAUGGGCAUUUAAGGUUGUGGGACAUGAAGAGUGGGAAAUUAUUGAGUGAGGUUGCGGCUCAUUCUCUUGCUGUGACCUCUAUUUCUCUUUCUAGAAAUGGGAAUACAGUGUUGACAAGUGGGAGGGAUAAUUUGCAUAAUUUGUUUGAUACGAGGACUCUUGAAGUAAUGGGGACAUUGAGGGCGAAUGGGAAUAGAGUUGCUUCUAAUUGGAGUCGAUCUUGUAUUAGUGCUGAUGAUAAUUAUGUUGCUGCUGGAUCUGUUGAUGGUGUUGUUCAUGUUUGGUCGAUUGCCAAGGGUAAUAUUGUCAGUACACUUAAGGAACAUACGGGUUCCGUUUUGUGUUGUUCUUGGAGUGGAAUUGGGAAACCGUUGGCUACAUCGGACAGGAAUGGAAUCGUUUGUUUGUGGGCAUAAGAACGGAAUCACUUUUGUUUGUACAUAUAUGGUUCUGUUAUUUUCAUUCGUACAUUUGUUAUAUGAACAAGUUGAUGGAUUUAUCAUUCAAGUUUAAACAAGAUUUGAUUACAAAAAA